AUGUUGACUAUUGGGGCAGCAGUUGUGCAACAUCUAAUGUCUGAACUGAUCCGUGAGCACAGCUUGCUCUUCUCCCGAGAGAACUGCAACCCUCCUGAAACAUCUUUACAAGCUGCCCUCCCCAUACAAAGACACAGUCACCUUGGGGAAUGGGUGCACGAACCACCUGCCCACCUGAGGGAACCUCUGUUGAGCAAAGAUCACAUGGUCCUUCCAGAUCAGACUGUUGCCUGUCCACAUAAACACUCUCUACUAAACACAGAGAGGAGAGGGUCUUUUCAAAGCCCUUGUGACAAAAACAUUACCCAUUUUUCAGAGACAGAGCAACAACUUCAAGAGAACUCUUCACCAACCAGCUCUGCUCUGAUUUACGACAACUACAGUCAGCACAGCUCAGCACAAGAAUCUCUCCAUAAAAGACAUGUACCUCCACCCUCCACCCCACCACCUGCCUGUUCUUCUUUGAGCAAAGUACUGGAAGCUGGAGUUCAAAUAUCUAUGCAGUCAAGGAGCUGGCCUGACAUGGAAGAACCCAGCUGGGGACCAGAGAAAGCGUUAGGGGAAAGUGAAUCCCAGGAUAGAGGCAGCAGUGAAGCCCAGGAUAGUACCUUAUCUAUCUAUGACAACAUAGUUACUGAGGAGCAGGGGGAGCAAUAUAUAGAAGACAGGGAGGCCAAAGGUACUGCCAGUGUGGCUGAGAGCAGCAGCUCUUGGUCCUCCUGUGAGAUUGUGCCUUUGGAUGGGGGCUGUGGGAGCGGUGGAACUGCAAGCCCUUGCAAUGUCUCCCCAGGACAGUUCCCCUCAUUCAGAAUGGACUCUAGAGAGGAAGAACUUCGUCCUAACUCCCCUGCCUCAUCCUCUGCUCCUACAGAUGCACCUUUAAGCACUGGCAGCAGCGAAGUCUUUUUGCCAAAUGCUCCCCAAGAGCCCCUGGGCUUUCCAGCUUCCCACGCAAUGCAGUGCCUUGUUGCAGGGCUUCGUCAACAGAUGACCAAGCAAAAAGCAGAGUAUGAGGCAAAAAUCAACAGGCUGGAGCAGAGGAACAAGGUACUUCAUGGGGAAGUUGCAGGGCUGCGCUCAACUCUGCAGCAGCAGCGGCGCUGGGUCAGUGUGGCUGAGAUCAAGAUGAGAAAUGUAGAGCGAGCCCGUGCAGAUGCUGAUAGACGGAACGCCACUCUGCAACAGGAAAUGGAGCAGUUCUUCAAAACAUUUGGCGAGCUUAAGGCAGAGGCCCGGAAAACCAGUCGCAUUGUUCAGAGUUUUUGAAACAUCCAUGUGCAGCAUAUUAAG